AUGUCAAGCACUGAAAACCAAGGGAUCAGGCGGCAGGCCACUCUGUUCAGGAAGGCUCGUCACUUGUCAGUUUUAUGUGAUGCGGAGGUGGCCGUCAUCGCUUUCACUAAGGAUGGAAAGCUUCAUGAGUUCUCGAGCACCACCAUGGAGCACACACUUUCAAGAUACAAGGGCAAGGUGGAGCAGUCUAAGCCAGGAGAACGUCGCCGCCGCGAACCAGCUGCGAAACUGAAAGAGGAGCCAAAACCAUGUGAUGAGAAGUACAUUCUUGAUGAACCGAAGAGACAACAUGCAGCGCUGAGCUUGGAGAAGUCGCGGAAGAUGGGGAAAGAGUUGGAUGGCUUGAGUAGGGAGGAGCUGUGUGCCCUAGAGGAACAGCAACUAUGGGCGUUGUUAGCUGUCAAUAACAAGAAGAAGGAACUAAUCAUGGAGAUGUUGCAGAGGUCUAUGUCGCGUGAUGAGCAGCGCGGUGAUCUGCAAGAGAAGAACCUGAUGAGAGGGUUUGAGGAAAGACCAUAUGUCCUUCAAGAUCACAAUCGUCCCUCAGAGGACAGUGACGACGUGCAUUCUGAGCUCUUGCAACUGCGGCUGGGAUAA